UAUUGGUCCUAAAGAGACUUUUAUUUUGAAGUGCGGUUCAAGCAGAUGCAGAAGAUGAUCACAGAUGGACGAAGCUACAGAAUCACAGAGUCAUGGAGCUCUGAUGGUGUGUUGUAGAGUCAAUGCAAGAAAAAUAAAAAGGAACAAACGCAAGCGUCAGUGCAAGAGCAAAGAGCAACCUCCCAGAAUGAUAUCUGUGUUUAAUCAUCUUGAAAAUGAAUUGAUCGCCCUCUAUCUGAGAGAUUUCCCUCAGAUCCAGCAGAGUAUGGAGAGAGUGUGUCUUCUCAUCCGCACAUUUGAAGAAGAUUUCAGACGUGCUUCUGAAGCCGUUACUAAUGCAGGGAAUGUGGAAGUAGCUGGAGGCUUCAUGAUGGGUUUGGGGUUAGUUUUAGCUCCAGUUCAUCUGGGCAUUUCUGCUCUUAUCACGGGAUCAGCAGUAGUUGUGCUUUCAGGAGCUGCAAUCAGUGAUAAACUCUGGAACAAGAAGAUCAGGAGCCAGCAGGAAAAAUUUAUACAAGACACUGAAGCUGAACUUUUAACAUUUCAGUAUAUAAUCACCCCUCUGACUGACAAGAUGAAAGACAUCAGUCAGCGAGUUGAUGAAAUAUUGAGAGACCUCAAUAACCCAGAGCGUGAUGUCGGGUAUUUGAGUAAAUAUUUUUCAUCUGCCGGUGAAUUAGUGCGCUUCAUACAGAUCUAUGACAUUAGUGUACUGGCUGCGCAGAUAAAGUCUCAGACGUCAUGUUUGUUCGGAGCUCAUUUGAUCAGACUUCUGCCAGUUAGGAUGGCGUUCGUUGAGAUGUGGAUAGAAAUGGUUCAGUUACAGAAUGUCAUGGAUAAAAUGACUGAAACAAUAGACAGAAUAGCAAACCAACCUGGUUAAUAUGAAGGAAAUAAGAAAUUUCAUUAGUUUGAAGUGCUCUGAACAUUCAAUUGUCAUAAAAACUUUAAUGUUUCCAUCCACAAAAGAUAGAAUUAAAUAUAAUUUAGCUAUAGUUAAACUUGAUUUAUAUUUCUUGAUAUAAAUUCACAUGUAAGAUUACAAACAGUGCUUUUGCUUUGCAUUAUUGAUCAAAAGAAUUGUCAUUUUAUGCAUAACUACUUAUUCAAAUGUUGUGUUCCCAAAUAAAAUGUGUACAUUUUUGUUUAUACAUUUUAAUGCAAAGUGAAUGUAAAGUGAAUUACGUUAUUUUCUUUAUCUUUAAAAUAGCUGUUUGUUUUGAUAAAUUUUAGGGCUAAAAAGGGAAAAAUUAUCUAUAUUUUGUUUGUGAAUGCAGGUACUAUUUACACCCAACUACCAGGAAAAAUUACAAUAAGAGAAAACAAAUGUUUUAUAUUGUGUGCAUGUAUUUAUUGUGGUGAAAAACUGUUGUAAGUUGUUGAAACUGAACACUGUUGCUUAAAAACAGCUUUUGAAUGACAGAAAACAACAUUUUACACAAUUAAUGUAUAAGUAUGAAUAUGUUCAUUUAAAUGUUGUGCUGUUAUUCUCAACUGUCUUGUCUUGUAUGUCAACACUGUGUACAUUGAGGCCAUCUAGUGUUAUGAAAUGAUAAUUAAAAAGAAGCCUGACAUAUUACUGAAACACAUGCUGAAGAAUGAUCUGCAUUUUAAUAUCACUGCUGAUGUCAACAUUACAUUUAAAUAUAACUAAAGGAUCUUCAGCUGUUUCUGACAUUUUCUCUUUCUUGUUCUCAUUAGUUAUCUCUGUUUGCAAACAUUUUGUCUGUAAAACAUUUUCAAACAUGUCUUAGCUAAAUCUAUUCACUCUUGUGUUAUAAAUUGUUUCCCUACUCUUACAUAUGCCCAAAAUAAGCAUUAAAAAUUAAGCAUAUUACAAAAUAAGCAUUUAAAAGAGUGUUUAUAGCAUGUAUAUAUUGAUUUUAUAAAAAUAAGUGAAUUGGUGGGUCAGAAAGUGUUUUAAUGUUCCUGAAAGAAAUCUCUUCUGCAUUUAUUUGAUCAAAAAUACUGUAAAACAAAAUAUUAUAAUUAAAAUAACUGUUUUCUAUUUGAAUAUAUUGUAAAGUAUAAUUUAUUCCUGUGAUCAAAGCUGAAUUUUCAGCAUCAUUACUCCAGUCUUCAGUGUCACAUGAUCCUUCAGAAAUCAUUCUAAUAUGAUGAUUUGAUGCUCAAGAAACAUUUAUUAUCAAUGCUGAAAACAGUUGUGCUGCUCAAUAUUUUUGGAGAAAAUAGGAUAAUUUGAAUAGAAAGUUCAGAAGAACAGCAUUUAUUUGACAGAAAAUAUAGUGUAACAUUAUAAAUGUCUUUGUCACAUUUGAUCAAUUUAAUGCAUCCUUCAUGAAUAAAAGUAUUUCGCCAAAAUAAAUUCAUACUGAAAUUGAACAGUGUAGCAUAUAAUGAUUAAAACCUCUAUUCUGAUUAAAUCAAUAUCAAAGAUAAAUAUUUCAUUAUUAAACUAGCUCCAACUGAAGCUUUUACACGUUACAUGCCAGCCCUUUUUAGUCUAGGGGUAAUGGCAUGGCAGUAACAAAUUUUGGAGAGAGAGAGCACAGGAUCGUCUUGUCUCCCACCCCAGUAACACACAUCCAGAACCAAUGAGCUUAAGAAGGUAUUUAUUAAAUCAAAUGUAAAAGAUGAAGGGAAAACAUAAGCUUCAGGAGGGGGCAAAGGCCAACACAACAAACAAAAAGUUUCUAACUCAGUUUUAACCAUAACUUACCUAUACAUAACCAAAAAGAAAAUAAAUAACAAAUGAACUUGCCUAUCUUCCUGACUACACAUAACCAGGAGAAAAGCAAAGGCACCCACCUCCCUACAGGUUUACUUGAAAGAAAAUCUUAAGUUCUGAACAAAACAACAUAUAAGUCUUCAACCACAUUCACAGCAGCACCAAUGGGUAGCACUUGUCAUUAACAGAAAACAGUAGUUAUCUGGGGCAAGACAAAAGAAGCCCAUGUGGCAAACUACCAUCUACAACCCUCUCAGCUUGCUGUGAGACAGUGCUGGCUUUAUAUGCUGGCUUUCUCCUGGCUGCAGCCAAUCAGUGGAUCUGAGGUGAAUGGGCAGCAAAUCAGCAACAGGUGAACCCAAUUACCUCCUUGAGAAUGGUAGCUGUAGACAUGUAGAGAAAACAAAAAAAAGAAAGAAAAAGAAAAGCUCGCAAAAGCACACAAAACAAAUGACAAAUAAGAUAAAAUCUCAAGACGUAACAUACACAAGUGUAAUAACAUGAUGUGAAGAAGUUGAUUUACAUGAGAUGAUUAUUAUGAUAUUUAUUGGCUGGAAAAGAGAAAAUGAACCCUGUUUUUUUGGAAACGCAUUUCUUGCCAUUAAGCGAAGUUUAUUUGCAGUUUUUGCAUCUUGGAAAUUCUGCCUUUGUGAAAUUCACACUGUACCACAAUAAAAAUGAGAAUAAAGCAGAGUGAUGUGUCUUUAUAAGCAGUCAUUUGUGUGAACUGACUUCAUACAUCCACUAAAAAUCAUCAAAACACCAGCUGAUUUAAACACACUGACACUUCAGACAUGAUGAAGAAAAGUGACAUUAGUGAAGCGUUUGAGACACUUGAUGUCAUGAAAUGACAUUUUAAGUGUGACUUAAGAGUCUAACCCCCAGUUUCACAGACAAGGCUUAAGCUAGUCCUAGACUAAAAUGCAUGUUUGAUCUGUUUUAACUGAAAGCAACUUAUACUGACAUAUCUUAAAAUAUGUCAAUGUCAUUGUUUUGUCUCAAGAUGCACACCAGUAAUGUUUUUUUCUAGUGUACGUUUAUAAAAGAUACUUAAAUAUCCUAAUUGAACUAAGGCCUAAUCCUGGCUUUGGCUAAGCCCUGUCUGUGAAACCGGGCCUAAAAGAGUUACUUCGUAUAUCAUACCUCAAAGAUAUUUAAGCUGAUUUCACAAAAGAACAGAUGCAUUAAUGAAUUCAGCAGUUGCUUUUAUUCUAAGUGACUUACGUUUCAUCCAAGCUACACAUUUGAUCAGUAAAACCAAACUGUGCUCUGCAGAGAAAGCUUAAUGAACCAUGGAUCAGAUCUCUGAGAUGCUCCCGCCGUCCUGCAGUUCUUUCAGUGAAUCACAAGAAUGCAAAUGAAGAGAGUAUCAACACCUAUUUUUUCCUACUUUGAGGUAAGAGAUGUGGACAAAUACACAAACACAGAGGAAGUAAAAUGUAAAAAGGGUUGUUUUUAAGAGAAAUACACAAAUGAUGUGCUGAAUGAGGGAUGAGAUCAGAUAUAAUAAUCACACUGUUUAAAGCUGCAGACAGAAACAUCAGACUCAGGACAGAAACACAUGACCUCUAAAGUAAGAACAACUCACAUGUUCAUUCUUCAAACACAACUAGACUUUGAGAUGUUAAUAUUGUCUGAAUGAUUGUGAAUUUUGUUAUUCUGCUAUUUUUUAAAUUACAUGAUCAUGUUUUACUCCAAGAUGAAUAUGGGAUUAUCUGAGUUUUUCAAUGUGUUUCUUCCUCAGAAAUGGAGCAAACUCUAUAUUUCAUUCUUCUUCUCAUUGCUCUCUGCUCCGUAUCUGAAUGUGUUCAGCGUCAGUAUCACUUUAUAAACGUGAGGAAGACCUGGACUGAAGCUCAGAGAUACUGCAGAGAGAAUUACACAGAUCUGGCCACCGUUGACAACAUGAACGACAUGAUCGAGCUGAAGAAGAGUGUGAAUGAUGAACGUCGUCAGUAUGUCUGGAUUGGACUGCAGAGGACGGGUGUUAAUAAAUGGCAGUGGUCUUCAGGUGAUCCUGUGCUCUACCAGAACUGGGCUCCUGGACAACCAGACAGCGGAGACGAGUGUGCUGUGAUGAAGGGUGGACAAUGGAAUGAUGUGUCAUGUAUUAACAGCCAGACUUUCAUCUGCAACAACAAUAAACUGAUUCUGAUCAAAGAGAAUCUGACGUGGUCUGAAGCUCUGAGAUACUGCAGACAGAAUCAUACGGAUCUGGUCUCGGUUCAUUCAGAAGAGAUGCAGCAUCGUGUGAUGAAUGUGGUUAAACGGGCGUCUACUGAGUUGGUGUGGUUGGGUUUACACAACUACUGCAGCAUGAACAUGUGGCUCUGGUUGAGUGGAGAGAUCGUGUGCUAUCAGAACUGGGCUCCAGGGAACGGAACAACACCGGAAGACUGCCGCCUCGAGAAGAGAAAAGGAGCAGUUCAGUCUGGAGGAGAUCAGCGCUGGAUCAGCCUUCCUGAAACUCACAAACUCAACUUCAUCUGCAGCAGAAAUGAUGAGUGAAAAGACACGUGAAUGUUUGUGUGUUUACUUACAUUCACUGUUUUCAUCAUUAUUUACUUUCAUUUGUUUGAUUUGUUCUUUAGUAAAUUCUGAGUGAAUCUAUUAAUUGUGUUUUAUUUCUGUAUGUUAGUUAUCAUGACAUAAUGUGAUCUUUUCAAAGUUUUCUAACAUUCACGUUUAAUAUUUUUAGAUGUCUAAAAUGCAAACACAAUAUAUGUCUGUUUUAAGAAUCUCUUUGCAUAUCUUUUGUGUUUAUGUAUUUGUUUUUCACUAAUAUUAUCUAUAUCAAUAACUGGUGGAAUGUGAUUCUGUGAGCAGCAGAUCUUAAGAAUAAUAUUAUUUGUGUCUCAGCAGAAUGAAAUCUGGUUUAUUCUUAGAAAGUCAGAAGUGAAGUGAUGUCACAAUGAACUGUCAAUUAAAUCUAACAAAUAUGUACAAUUUAUAUUUGAUUUUUGAUGUGUUUGUUUGAUAUUUAAGAUAUGAUAUGACUUACAAAACAUGAAAAUUUCAGCUGCAUGAAAUAAAUUCUUAAUGAUGGUACAUCACUUUAUUUUAUUUCACAAUGUAUACACAAUGUAAACAAAAAUAAUAAUAAUAAUAAAAAUAAUAGCAUGUUUUUUUUUUUUUUUUUUUUUUUUUUUUUUUCAAAGUCACUGUUAAAGUCACACUUGAUGAAGCAUUUUUAUCAAGACAGAAAAUAUAUUUUAUAGUUUUGAUUCUGCAAUAAAAUGUUACGAUCACCAGCUGGUGUGCCCUGGAUGUCCACCAGAGGGCACUCUCCUCUUGUUCAUUGUCAUUCUAACAUGAACUACAUUUCCUAGAACUCACUGACCGGAUGCAGAGGCUGUUCGAAAUUGCACACUAACUUACUACACUGUAAAAUCCUACAGUGAUUCUAAUUGUAAAAAUCUAGUAAUCUGUACUAUUCACAUACUAUGCCUCUUUUACUCAGAAUACACAAGUUAAAUAUAAUUUCCUCCACUUCUGCAGUUAGGCUGCACAGGCUGCAGCCAAAGCCACCAAGUACA